AUGAAACAAAGAACUCGCUCGAUGCAACCUGGAGAUGACUUGGUUGGCUUUAACAUGGGCAAAAAAAACGACGCUAACGAACACAGCGAGAUUCAGCUACACAGAAUAAAACCCCAAGAACAUUUCAUUGAAGCGCAAGUGCAGGAGGGUGACACUCUUCAAGCUAUUGCAUUAAGAUUCUAUUGUUCGAUAUCAGAGCUUAAAAGGAUCAACCAUAUACAUAAAGACAAUGAAAUAUUUGCAAGGCGAACCAUUAAAGUUCCUGUUACUCCUUAUUCAGUGUUGACAGAACUUAUUCCAAAUCAGCCACAAGAACCAACCCCGUCUACUUCGGCUAACCAGACAUCAAAUGCUGUGAUACAAGAACUCCUUAGCACUAAUAAUUUUAAAGAACUUUUAAACCCGAAUAAAACAACCACUAAUAAUAUAGAACAAAAGGAUGUGCAGUGUUCUAUUGACUGUAAUACAGUUGUUAUGAACAGUAUGGUAGCUCCAUCUGUUGUGCCUUACACAGACUCAGAGCAGAAUGAACAAGCAACAGAGGACACUCAACUUCUGCCCAAUAAGGAGAAGAUAUCUGUUGAAGCGGUUGUAGUGAAGGAAUUAACAUCACAUGGAGCUGACUUUGGACUGAAAUGGUUCCAUCUAGUAUGCUUUAUGCUCAUUCUUGGUGUUGUGAUCCCUCUUGUGUAUAUUAUGUUUUAUUUAGACAAACAUGAACACACUGUUUCUGAUGUUUCACCAUUACAUUCUAAUCAAUGA